AUGUUCAUAGAAGCGGUACGGAAAGAAAGACUGCGGGUUUCUCCGGUGCAGAGGGAAAUAGAGAGCGAGGUUCUGGACGUUCUGCGGAAGAAGAUUCCGGGAAAAGUGGUUGAGGAAAACGGGAUCACUCUCUUUCCGGUUGGCAUAGAGUCUAUUGACGAUGUAGAGGUGCACGAGGGGAUGCUCUAUCCGCUGGUCGCGUAUAGGCUCGUUAUGUUCCAGGCGUUUCCAGGGGAAGUGCUAAACUGCACCGUGGAGAAGCAGGACUCAACAGGAAUCAUGCUUUCCCACCCUCUGCUCCCCUCUAUCUUCGUCCCUGCUUCCCAAAUGCCGUCUCCCUCCGAGCUGACCUUGGUCUCUGGCCGCAUGGGCACACCCGUGGAAAUAUGGGGGUGGAAGUACAACGAGUGUGUCCUGUACAUCCGCAUGGGGGAGGUUUGCCGCGUUUCAAUCAUCGACACGCACCAGCCCACAAUAUGCGCCUCCAUAUCUGGCCCUGGCCUUGGCCCUGUCGCUUGGUGGUAG